AUGUAUUUGGCCUUUGCAGCUUUCCCUAGGGAUCCCGAGAUUCAUUUGAAUGGCCUUCUGGAAGUCGGAAAACCAAUCACAGUCAAGUGUUUGGUCCCUGAUGUGUACCCAUUUGACAAGCUGGAGAUAGAUUUACUGAAAGGUGACCAUCUCAUGAAGAAUCAGGAAUUUCUGGAGGUUAUGGAUAGGAAGUCCCCGGAAACCAAGAGUUUGGAAGUAACCUUUACUCCUAUCGUUGAGGAUAUUGGGAAAGCUCUUGUUUGCCGAGCUAAAUUACAUGUUGAUGAAACUGAUUUUGCACCCAAAGAAAGGGAGACUACAAAAGUACUGCAAGUCUACAUCUCACCCAAAAAUACAGUUAUCUCUGUGAAUCCCUCCACAAGGCUGCAGGAAGGUGGCUCUGUGACGAUGACAUGUUCCAGUGAGGGUCUACCAGCUCCAGAGAUUUUCUGGAGCAAGAAAUUAGAUAACGGGAAUCUACAGCUCCUUUCUGGGAAUGCAACUCUCACCUUAAUUGCUAUGAGGAUAGAAGAUUCUGGAAUUUAUGUGUGUGAAGGAGGUAAUCUGAUUGGGAAAAGCAGAAAAGAAGUGGAAUUAAUUGUUCAAGAAAAACUGUUUACCAUUGAGAUCUCCCCUGGGCCCCGGAUUGCUGCUCAGAUUGGGGACUUGGUCGUGUUGACAUGUGGUGUCACAGGCUGCGAGUCCCCAUCUAUCUCUUGGAGAACCCACACAGACAGCCCUCUGAAUGGGACGGUGAGGAGUGAAGGGACCGAGUCCACACUGACCCUGCACCCUGUGAGUUUUGAGAACGAACACUUUUAUCUGUGCUCAGCGACCUGUGGACAAAAGAAAGUGGAAAAGAGAAUCCAGGUGGAGCUUUACU